GCACCCGCAUAUAUACCCGCUUUACUUCAUUGCCGAACGAUCCAAUGAGAGUCUCGGCGGUGUUAUCAAAGAUGCAGUGAGCAAACACAUCACAAUUCAUGCAGCUAGGUAGUAUAAUACCUUGUCUUCACUUCCAUUCAUAAAUGGACACCGAAACUCCGAACCUCAACUUCCAUCUUCAACCACAACUCCCAAACUGCCCGAAUCACAAGCCAUAGCUUGCAGUCAAAAUGCUCAAAUUGGGACGCUCCAUUCUGGCUAUCGUUGCCGUUAUAAAUGGUAUCGGUGGUUUUAUCGCUGACUGGAAUCACACCCAUGUCUACAAUCCACGCUGGCCGCCACACGCCAAGUUCCACAACGGGCAAACAUUAUCAACGGGUGUGCUUCUCGGCAUUGGCGCUCUUUAUUACCUCUAUCGCCCAAGUACCUCACGUGUUAUCGAGAAAGAAUCGCUCUACACAGCUGCAUUGUUGACGAGUCUGAACUGGGUUGCACAAGUUAGCGCGGCAUUUUACCCUGGGUCGCUACCUAUAGAUCCCGAGUUUGGCGACGGAUUCCCGCAGGCGUACAUUGCUGCUGUUUUGUUGAGCAUGGUUGCUAUUGGGACGGCUUUGGAGAAUGCGAGGCUCAAAAAAGAAGGGAAGUCAAAAUGAGAAGUGACUUGAAGCUUAGGUGUCGGUUUUCAUGGCGAUGUUGGGAUUUUUGAGAAUGGGCCAGGAGCUCUAUUGAUCACUCACCAAUAGUAACGCAAGCUUACUUCGCAUGAGAUUUCGACCCACUUUGAUAAUGAUUCCAACCUAUGAUCUUCUGCCUUCGUGUGCGCACCCUCACUUGCCAUAGAUGCACUAUAUAGAGUGCCAAUCGUGCCAUCACAAUCGCGCAACAGGGCUUUCAUAUAUUAACAUAUGGGCCAAAUAUUUAUGUACUAUAUUAAAAACAU